CUCCCCUCCGCCGGAACCCUUCUCCUCGCGCCGCCCCGCCCCGCCCGUCCUCCAUUGCUGCCCACCCCUUUACCACAGCACCGAAACUCCCAAACACGUCCUGGUCGGAGUCGGAGGUGAUCGACGACAGCCCCAGAUCCCCAAUUUUUCUCCGUCUGCAAAUCCGGCCUCACUUCCCAAUUCGCUCCUAUUCCCAAUUCCUCACCUCCUCCCCAGCGCCGCCGCCGCCGCCGCCUCGUUUUUUCGACUCUAAGCCAGGUAGGCUGCAGCAAGCCAUCCGUUCUCCCCAGUCCUAGAGUGGACUCGGUGGACCGGAAAUCCAGCCAACCCUGGUUUCCAUCGGAGGCGGGCUCGGCGAGGCCGAAUGGGUUCGGCUUCUAAGCCAUCUCCGUCGGCGGCGGCGGCGCCUAGCCGGCGCAAGGUGGCGCUCUGCCUGGCGCUCCUCACCCUGCAGUACGGCGCGCAGCCCCUGAUCUCCAAGCGCUGCGUCGGGCGAGAAGUUAUAGUAACUUCAUUGGUUCUUGCAAUUGAAGUAUUAAAGGUUAUAUGUGCUGUCAUUUUAUUACUGGCAGAGGGCAAUCUGAAGAAGCAAUUCAGUAAUUGGAGUCUUGUCGGAUCGCUGACUGCGUCAGGACUUCCUGCUGCAAUCUAUGCACUUCAGAAUAGCCUGUUGCAGAUAUCAUACAAGAAUUUAGAUUCCCUGACCUUUUCAAUCCUUAAUCAGACCAAGCUAUUAUUCACAGCAUUCUUCACGUAUCUUAUUUUGGGGCAAAAACAAUCGCCCAAACAAAUUUUAGCAUUAACCCUCUUAAUCAGCGCGGCUGUCCUUUUAAGCAUUGGGGAGAGUAGCAGGAAAGGUGUAAGUGGUGGUAGCUCUGAUUAUGUCUUACUCUAUGGAAUCAUUCCUGUAACGGUCGCAUCAGUGUUGUCUGGUUUGGCCUCUUCCUUGUGUCAGUGGGCAUCUCAGGUAAAAAAGCAUACGUCCUAUAUGAUGACUAUCGAGAUGUCAUUUAUUGGGAGUAUGUGCUUGUUAGCAAGUACCUUUCAGUCACCAGACGGAGAAGCCCUGAGAAAAUAUGGUUUUUUCCAUGAAUGGACUUUGUGGACAGUGGUGAGUACUCUUUGUUAAUUUGUUAUGCUAUGUUCUCUCACUAUGAGGUGAAAUUUGGCAAAUUAAGUGGUACAUGCAUUACAAAACAGUAAGCAGUCAUAGCCAUAAUCUAGUUGCAUAAAAUAAACUGGCAUUGAGAUGGCUAAGUAAAGUGUAACAGAACCUGACAAUGUGACAUCUGAACUAGUUUGUGCUAUACUUUUUUGUCUCCCAUAAUCUUUAUUGAAAUUCGUAAGAUGC